CAUUCUGUGCCACAUACGCACUUCCAUCAUCCAACUGCACAUUCCAUUUAGUUUCCUCAACUGUUAUCUACAUAAUAAUAAUAAGACCCUCCCUAUAAAUACAUACUACUCCUUUGCUUGUUUAAUUGCCGAUCAAAUUAUAAAACCCCAUCCUGUUAUCCUUAAUUUUCAUUUUUAUGCAUAAUAAAUGAUGGGGUUUUACAAGAUUAUUGAUUUAAUACUCAUCUUUUCAGUGUUAUCCGUCAAGAACGCAAUAUCUCAAAUAUCUCAGGACUGUUCGUCUGAUGGAGAUUGUGGGGCAGGGAACUAUUGCUUGUCAUGCCCUUUGGGAUUUUCAGGCUCCAAAUGUGUUAGAUCCACCGCUACAGAUCAGUUCAAGCUACUUAAUAACUCCCUUCCGUUCAACAAAUAUGCGUUCUUGACUACCCACAACGCAUUCGCAAUUACUGGCGAGCCAUCUCAUACCGGUGUGCCCAAUAUUGCUCCUAGAAAUCAAGUAGAUAGAGUGGCUCAGCAGCUCAAUAAUGGAGUUCGUGGGCUAAUGCUUGACGUGUACGAUUUUCACAAUGACGUUUGGUUGUGCCACUCAUUCGGAGGACACUGCCACGACUAUACUGCAUUUGAACCAGCAUUAGACACAUUGAAGGAAAUAGAAGCUUUCUUAUCAGCAAAUCCAUCGGAAAUCAUUACGAUAAUUUUGGAGGAUUACGUUCAUGCGACAAAUGGAUUGACAAAGAUUUUCACAGAUGCUGGAUUAAUGAAAUACAUGUUUCCUGUAUCAAAUAUGCCAAAAAAUGGUGAAGAUUGGCCUCUUGUUAGUGACAUGGUUGCUAACAACCAUAGGCUUCUCCUCUUCACUUCCGUGAAAUCUAAGGAACAAAGUGAAGGAAUUGCAUAUCAAUGGAACUACAUGGUCGAAAAUCAAUAUGGAGAUGAUGGAAUGAAGGACGGAGAAUGCACGAACCGGGCCGAGUCAUCGGCUCUAACGGACACUACUAAAUCACUGAUUUUGAUAAACUUCUUUGGAUCAACACCUUUCGAACCAGUAGCAUGUGUUCAAAACUCAGGGCAACUAUUGGACAUGGUGGCUACAUGUUGUGCUGCAGCGGGUAAUCGUUGGGCUAAUUUCUUGGCGGUUGAUUUUUACAAGCCCUCUUAGUUCGUGCUGCAUCUAUUCGCUAGCUGCUUCGCUAGAGCUGGUCUUCUGCUGCAUCUUUUUCUUAUGCUCUUCUUGUGCUUUUUCUUCUUCAUCUUCUUCAUCUUCUUCUUCUUCCUAGUUCUCUGCUUUUUCUUCUUCAUCUUCUUCUUCCUAGUUCUCUGUUUUUUUUUUAAUUUUUAUCAAUAAAAAAAUUUGAAUUUCAAGUUUUGAUAUAUCAAAACUUGAAAUUCUUGUUAUCAAUUUUGAUUAAUUUGAAUCUCAAAAUGCCCUGACUAAUGAUUCCAAAAUGUCACUUUUUUAAUAACAGAAUGUCAUAAUUAUUGGGUAUUUUUUAAAAAUUGUCACUUUUGUGUCAUUACAAUAUUUGGAAAUGUCAUAUUGAGUGUCAUGUUUCUAUACGAAAUUGACAUUAUUGUGUCAUUAUUGGUUAUUUUUUAAAAAUGUCACUUUUAUGACAUUACAGUAUUUGGAAAUGUCAUAUGACAUUUUGUGAUUCAAAAUGUGACAUUUAUGUGAAACUGGCAAAAACAUGACAUUUUUGUAAUUUCAAAGCAACAUUAUCAUCUUUACAAAUGUAAUACCAUAAAAGUGACAUUUUUCUUAUUAAGUACUAUUAAUUUUGUCAGAUUCAUAAUGAAUCAAAAUUGGUAAAUAAAUAAAUAAAACUGAAAUCCACAAUGGAUGGAGCAUUGCAACCUAAUUUUUCAUCUAAAUGUUCACAAAUCAGAAAUCGGUUUUCUAUUUAACCAAAAAAGUAAACAAAAAAUUAGCAUAAAUCAAGAUAACUAAAGAAAAAAACAGAGUACUAGGAACUUAGGAAGAGGAUGAGAAGAAGAAUGAAGAAGAAUUGAAGAAGGAGGGGGAGAGGGGGGGGGGGAGGAAGAAGAAGAAGAGAGGAGGAGGAAGAACAAAGAAGAAGCUGGAGAAGAUUACCUGUCUCCGCUGGCGUCGGCGGGAUUGCGGCUGCAAUUGUUGGCGGAGGAGCUGCAGCAGAGGCGAAGAAGAUUUUAAUCGCAGGUGGAGGAAGGAGCUGGGUAGAUUUAAUGAUGCAGGGAGGAGUGAAGGCGGAGGAGCUUUUCAAGCAGCUGACAAGCUGAAUGGUGAACUAUUAUGUAGUAAGGAUGAUGUGAAGUCUUGUGUGGUAUAGUGAAACGCUUAAACCAUGCACGAUACAUAUGUAUUAUUUGAAAACCUGAACAUCAAUUGCUACUUGGAUUAUAUCAUCCAAAUUCAAACUAGGAUAUUUAUUCAAUUUCUUAUUUUAUAUUAUCAAGUUAUACAUAUAUGUAUUGUUUUUUUAGCUAAACUGCAUGUGUUAUCUUCCACCGCGGUUUAAAUAUUAUAUCAAAUUCUAAAAACUAUAUAUUCUUC